GCGGCCGAUUCAAACCUUCAGCCGGGUUCUUGGCUCUGAAUUAGCGUCGGAACGACGGGUUUGUUUCCGCUCUCGCAGUGGACGAAAGCUUCUCAGUGGUGCUCGGAGGACCGCGGAAGCGGAGGCGUCUGGUGCAGGGGGAGAGGAUGGCGCUCUCUACCACUGUAUCUCAGAGUAAACGCAUAAAGCGGAAGGCUCCCCGCGGCUUCCUUAAGCGCAUUUUCAAGCGACAGAAGCCUCACCUUCGUCUAGAGUCAAGUUGUGACUUACUGGUGCAUCUGAACUGUUUACUAUUUAUUCGACGAUUAGCAGAAGAGUCCAGGGCAAAUGCUUGUAAGAAUAAGUGUGGGAUCAUUAAAGACCAGCAUGUACUGGCUGCUGCAAAGGUUAUUCUAAAGAAGAGUAGAGGUUAGAAGUCAAAGAACACACUUUUGAAAUUAUGUAAUGUAUUUUUUUAUUUUAGUUGGUAACAGAUCAUGAAAGCACUUUUUACAUAUCAGUUAAUAUUGUGUAUUAUUAAAAUAUUGUCUGCUUGAGGGAUGUGUGUAUUUGUAUUUUUUUUUUUUACCGGUAUUGAAAUAUCUCAAACACUUAGAACUAUAUAACUUUAUUUUUGAGGAAUUAUCUUUAUUCAUUUUAAAUGGACUCAAGUUCUUUACUUUUGUUUCAUUGAUAUUGCAAAUGCUUUGCCUAUCAAAAAUAAAAUCUUACUAUAUGAAGUAGCUUGAAGAGAUUAUUUCUU